UGAUAGCCCAAAUACUCCUCCCCACCACUAAAUAAAAUCCCUAAUUCCCUUUAUAUUCAUUCAAACCCUAGCCUCCUCCGCCACCACCAAAUACUAAUCUCAACGCGCUACUCCAAACGGCGUCCAAAACCUUUCUUCGUCGUUGUUCUUCUUCUUAUGAAUCGGUUAUGAAUACCAAAAUCUCAUCUUUGUUCACAAAUUCAUGUGAAGUGACUACGACUAAACCACAAGAUUCAGUACAUAGCGUCGAAGAGGUAGGGAGGCUUGACAAAUUCCUUCAAAAAGAUUGUAAACCAGGUAAUAUCACUCUUGAUGAAGCACGCUAUUUCUUUUGUUUAAUGAUUCCUGUGCAACCCAAACCACCAGUUUCAUCAUUUAACUGGUUGUUUGGAGCUCUUGCUAAGAAGAAGUUUUAUGAAGACGUUAUUUUGUUUUACAAGCAAGUGGGUUCAAUGGGAUUGUUGACAGAUUUAAUUACUUUGAAUAUUUUGAUUAAUUGUUUGUGUAAUGUGGGUCGAGCUUGUGAUGGUUUUGUUGUUUUUGGGAGGAUUUUGAGGUGGACUUUUGACCCAAAUGCGGUGACUUUUAAUGUUUUUAUUAAAAGUUUGUGUUUAGAGAAUAGUGUUACGGAGGCUAUUCAGAAACUGAAGAAAAUGGUUGUAUUUGCGGUUAGGCCAUACGUGAUUACUUUUAAUGUUUUGAUUAAAAGUUUGUGUUUAGAGAAUAGUGUUACGGAGGCUAUUCACAAACUGAAGAAAAUGGUUGUAUUUGCGGUUAGGCCAUACGUGAUUAAGUAUGGGACUUUGAUUAAUGGGUUGUGCCGCACAGGGAACUGGAGUGUUCGUUAAGAUUGCAUGAAGAAAUUGUUGCUGCUAAUGGUGAAGGAGCUGUUAUUUGUAAGCUUAGUAUUAGUUGUAUUAUCGAUGUUCUUAAUAGGGAGAGAUUAGUAGAUAACUAGGUACAAAUAACCUUUCUUUUCCAUAUGUAAUAACAAAUCAUAUGCCUUUUGUAGUUUCCCUUCUUUACAAAACCCAUGGAUUAAGAUGUUAUAUAUCACAACGUAGGCCUUUUUGCUUGGGAGAUAUUCCACAAGUUUCCUCAAAAUGGCCUAAUGUUAGACGUUAGUAAUAUAUAACAUCUUAAUCCAUGGGUGCGUUUUGUAAGGAAGGGAAACUACAAAAGGCAUAUGAUUUGUUAUCAGAUAUAGAAAAGAAUGGUUGUGCUCCAAAUGUUGUUACAUUCAAUACUCUUAUGCGAGGUUUCUUACAAAAUAAUGAAGCAGCUACAGUGGUUGGACUUCUUCGCAAGGAUAGAAAUGUGAUGCCAAAUGUAACCACAUUUUCCAUAGUUGUAGAUCUACUUGCAAAGGAUGAAAAAUAUCCUGAAUGUUUGAAGUUGCUUCCUUCAUUUCUUGUCCAGAUGUCAACAAGACUAUAAAAACCUAUCUUCCAUGUUGUGUAUGUCUGCAACUUUAUGCUACAAGUGAUAGUAUUUUCUCUUUUUAAUCUUUUAUAUUAUUUUUUAGUCUAUUUUUGCUUAUUUCAAUUUGUUGUUGUUCACCUGAAUUCCGAUUCCUCUAAUUAUUUUAAACUCUUUGCAACGAGAUCUGGAUAUUCUGAGAGUAUAUUGCUGCGAGGCAAAGAUGCACUUGAUAGUUUAGGAAUUGUAUGUAGAAGUUGUUUUGAAUUCAUUUUUACCAAACUUAAAAGAUAAUAAUAAAAAUUGGUCUCUUAUUAUCA